AUGGAAAAUGCAAUAAAUAAAGGUGAAUUACCGAAGCAAAUAAAGUAUAGAGGAGUAAGAAUAAGGCCAUGGGGAAAAUUUGCAGCCGAGAUUCGAGAUUCGACUAGGCAUGGUGCUCGAGUUUGGCUUGGCACAUUCAACACGGCUACGGAAGCAGCAAGAGCUUAUGACCGCGCUGCGUUCGAUAUGAGAGGUUCUUCGGCUAUUCUCAACUUUCCUCACGAACAUUUUCCAUGCCAUGUAGCUGAUAAUCCUUCUAAGCCAUCUUGUUUACCCUCCUCCUCGAGUUCAACCUCAUCAUCAUCAUCUUCUUCAAAAGUUAAAUCAAAAGAUGGUGAACAAGUCAUUGAGUUUGAGUAUCUAGAUGAAAAAUUGUUAGAGGAACUCUUGGAUUGUGAGAAUAACAUAAAUCAUAAUUGGUUCAACUAG